AUGCCUGCGCCCUCGAAGCUCGGCCUCGCGCGCGCCGCGGCGACCGUCCUGUUCGUUUGCACUGCAGUGACGUGUGCGGUGUCCCAGGAGGUCCCGAACGUGACCUUGCCGGACGGAACGUCGUUCGACGACCUCCUAGGCAGCAAUCGGACGCGGACCGGUCCCGCACGUCAAGCGGAGAGCCCGGACCUCGUUGUUGUCAGCAGCGUCACUCCGAGGCCCGCGGACGGCCAGCCCGCGCAGAUCGUUCUGCGCAACCUCGGCGAACGCGUCGCGAACCUCACGGGCUGGAAGUUGUCGGACUCCAACCCCGUCAGGGAGCCCUACGAGCUCGGGCGGCCCGGCUGCGAGCGACAGGCGAUAUUGGAGUCCGGUGCGACGACAACUCUAACAACGGCUUCUGCGCGCGACCCGUGCGGCUUUGAGUUCUCUAUCUCGGGCCGGGACAGCGUGCGCCUCUUCGACGCCGGCAACAACGAGGUCAGCAAGGUCGCGUGGGCCUCCGUGCGCGAGGGAGCGACCAUCCACCUGAUGCCCGACGGCCGCUUCCGCGAGAUCGCGGGCGGCGGGAACAUCCUGGACACGAUGCGCGAGAUGGGCGUCUGCAACACCUUCCUCGAGGCGCUGGAGUUCACGGGCCUCGACGGGGCGCUCGCGGCCCCCAGCGACCCCGACUACGCGGGUCCAGUUCUGCUGGACGACGCCCCCGUGGCCACGCCCAACUUCCCGUGGUGGUUCGGUUUCGAACGGUCCCGCAGCCCGGUGCUCGAGCGCGCUCGGCGCGAAGCUGCAGCUGCGGCGCAGCGCCCGACCUCGAAGGGCGUCGCCGAUCUCGGGCCGUUCACGGUGUUUUGUCCGACGGACGCGGCGUUCGAGCAGACGCUGCAGGCGCUCGGGGGCUUCGCCGGGCCUCUGCCGCGGCAGGCGCUGUUCGAGAGCCCGGAGAUGACGGAUAUCGUCUUGUACCAUAUCUUGCCGGGCAAUUACAACUCGACGUCGCUCCGGAAUGGCACGGCGUAUGUCACCGCGCAGCUCUCGGAGCUCUUCGGCGUGCUGCGCGUCGGGCGCGCGCCGUUCUUCCUGCACGACGCCUGCGUGGACUUCCCAACGCCGGACCGAUUCGACUGCAAUUCUCAGAAGGAGUUUGGCAAAUGCCAGGACCCCUUCAUGGUUGCACCUGCCCCGGGGUGGCAGGGCGGGUACUGCCAGCGGACCUGCGGGCGCUGUUCGUGCGAGGCCGACGUCACCUGCGGCACCGUCGUCCUGCAAGACGUCCAGGCAUCCAACGGCGUCGUUCACGCCGUCGAUCGGCUGUUGUUCCCGCCGCCCGUGUUCAAGGACGUCGCCGCGCCCGCGCCGAUGCCCGAGGAGGACGACGCAGCCGCGCCGCCUGUGCGCCGGCCGCCGCCGGGCGCGCCGCGUUCCGGGCGGGCACGGGACCUGCCCGUGGACGAGCCGGACAGUGCCAGCCUGGCAGAGCUGCUGCCGAGCGCGCGCAGGGAGCGCGACGCGCCGCCGCGAGAGCCCGGCCCAUGA